UUAAAAAGGAGUCGAGCGCCAUCUUGAGCACCAGUCGGAGGGAGGAGUUGGAAAAAAAAGUAAUAUUAGCGUGAUAUAGUACGGACACCUUAAAACGAAGCCGGUAGAAGGAGUUCGCCUUGUUUGGUGGUCCCCCUUGCUGGGCGUGAGAAGGAGCGGGGACAAUGUUCUACGCCCACUUUGUCCUCAGCAAACGUGGGCCGCUGGCCAAAAUCUGGCUGGCGGCCCACUGGGAUAAGAAGCUGACCAAAGCUCAUGUGUUCGAGUGUAACCUGGAGAGCAGUGUGGAGAGCAUCAUCUCUCCCAAGGUGAAAAUGGCAUUGCGGACAUCUGGUCACCUGCUCCUCGGUGUCGUCAGAAUCUACCACAGGAAAGCCAAGUAUCUGCUGGCUGACUGUAAUGAGGCAUUCAUCAAAAUAAAGAUGGCCUUCCGUCCAGGUGUGGUGGAUCUGCCGGAGGAGAAUCGCGAGGCUGCCUACAAUGCCAUCACCUUGCCAGAAGAGUUCCAUGACUUUGACCAACCACUACCAGAUCUAGAUGACAUUGACGUGGCACAGCAGUUCACACUGAAUCAGAGUCGUGCCGAGGAGAUCACCAUGAGGGAGGAUGUGGCGAACCUCAGCCUCCUGCAGGAAAAUGAUUUCGCCGACUUUGGCAUGGACGACCGUGAAAUGAUGCGGGAGGAGAGCGCGUUUGAGGUGGACAUCAUCCACGGCUCCUCGGCGUCCAAUCUGCUGCUGGAGACUGAGCCACAGCCCGGCCCGAUAGCCGAGAAGUCCAACCACCUGCAGUACGAUGACCAGUACAAGGACGACUUUGGGGACAACCCCAUGGAGAGCAGCGAAGGGGGCAUGCUGGUGGACAAGCUCCUCAGCAACGAGGGUGGUGGGGGCAUUUUCGACGACCCCCCUGCCAUUACUGAGAGCGUGAUGAUGCCCCCUGAUCACGGUGGUGACGACGAGGAUGACUUUGACAACUUGUCACCGGGUGGGCCAGACAGCCCAGACUCGGGUCCUGUGGAGCCCCUGCCCACUAUGACUGAUCAGACGGAGCAGACCACCCUGGUUCACAACGAGGAUGAGGCCUUCGCCCUGGAACCCAUUGACAUUACCGUGAAAGAGACCAAGGCCAAGAGGAAGAGGAAGCUGAUCGUGGACAGCGUGAAGGAGCUGGACAGCAAGACCAUCCGCGCCCAGCUGAGCGACUACUCUGACAUCGUCACCACCCUGGACCUGGCCCCGCCCACCAAGAAGCUGAUGAUGUGGAAGGAGACGGGCGGCGUGGAGAAGCUCUUCUCCCUGCCUGCCCAGCCUCUCUGGAACAGCCGGCUGCUCAAGAUGUUCACGCGUUGCCUGACCCCGCUGGUGCCAGAUGACCUGAGGAAGAGGAGGAAGGGCGGUGAAGCUGAGAGCCUGGAUGAGUUCCUGAAGGACCUGGAGAACCCGGAGGUGCCCCGGGAGGAGGUCCUGUCCCAGCACAGGGAUAUCAUUGACCAGACCAUCCUGGAGGAGCCCAGCCUGCUGCAGGCGUCCACCAUGGAGGGCAGCAGGACCACCCUGGACGAGUCCAUCAUGCCCCCCCCCUCCUCGCAGCGCGGGGUGAAGCGCAAGGCCCAUGACACUGAGGCGGCGCUGCCUAUGGGGACGCUGGAGCAGCCUGCUGACCGCUCCACCCUGUCACAGCAGCUGGACAUGCCCCAGGUGGAGCUGCCCCCGGAGGAGACGGCCAGCCUCAGCCAGCUCAUCCCCGAGCUGGACCUGCUGGGGGAGAAGGGCAAGGGCAAGGACGAUGAGGAAGAGGAGGAGGAGGAAGAGGGCCAGGGUGGAGAUCAGGAUCAGGAAGAGAGGAGGUGGAACAAGAGAACCCAGCAGAUGCUUCAUGGUCUGCAGAGAGUCAUGGCGAAAACGGGAGCCGAGUCGGUCAGCCUAUUAGAGCUGUGCAGGAAUAACAACAAGAAGCAAGCUGCUGCCAAGUUCUACAGCUUCCUGGUACUGAAAAAGCAGCAGGCUGUGGACUUCACUCAGGCCGAGCCUUACAGCGACAUCAUCGCCACCCGUGGGCCUAGAUUCGAAAUUAUAUAGACAAGGCAAAACCCAGGAGGGGAAAAAGAUCUUGUGAAUGGCAGGUUUUAUUCUUUCAUAUAUUUUUUUUUAUUGGUUGACCUUGUGUUUUUGUGUUUCGUGUAAUUUUGGGGAAGGCAAUGACCAGGGUCUGGGAUUUAGUUGAGCUAUUUUUUUUUUUUUUUUUUUUUUUUAGAAAUGUAUCUAUAUAUACGAGAUGUUCCAAUUUUACUCCUGAGCCAUGAGGAUUGUUAUAUUGGAUGGUAGCUUUUGAAAUGGUCAAUCAUUGAGGUAUGUAUAGGUUUUUGAAUGCACUUGGGUUUUCUCUUCACUCCCAUCAUUGCAUUAAGGUCACUCCUGUGUUUACACUUAGCCACAGUUUAUCGUUGCCACAUGUUUUUAUUGAAGCCCAAUGAUGUGUACUCAUUAAUUUAUCUGCGUUAAACCUUUCCAUGUCUUGAAAUGACUUAAGGAGCUGAGUGGGGGCAAAGAAAGCCCUGCAUGAUUUUUAAAACUUAUUUUGUAGAUAACUUGUAUUAUAUGCGUCACUGAAUUACUUUGCCCUAUAUAGUUUUAAAUGAAAUAUGCUGUAUUGUUCAUUUUAAAACAUUUUAAAACGAUCAUUUUCCUGUGACAUAAAAAAAACCAAUUGUGACCAUUUCUGAUUCAUUAAAUAAUGAAAAGAAAUUAAAGAAAUAUCCAUUUGUUUAGUCGUAAAUCAAGGAAUAUGCUCGCAUUAAAUCACAUUUGUUUCUUGAUAUCCUUUUUACUUGUACUUGUGUACUUGCAUUAUAAAUUGCAUAAAAAGCAAGAUUAAAAAUGUUGUUUGUUAUUGAAAGUUA